CCAAGUAUUGGAGCCCGGAAAUAAGGUGGAAGGUGGGAGGAUACCGGGAGUUCUUAGUGCCCACCGGUGCCUGUGACUGUGUGAGGAGCUCACCGAACCCGGCAGGAUGAGCGGAUUCCGGCAGGAGAAUGUGGAGGACUUCUUCGAGAUGGGAGAGGAGCUGGGGAGUGGUCAGUUUGCCAUUGUGCGAAAAUGCCGUGAGCGCCGGACAGGUAUGGAGUAUGCAGCUAAGUUUAUCAAGAAGCGUCGACUGUCAUCCAGCCGUCGUGGGGUCAGCAAGGAAGAAAUUGAGAGGGAAGUUGACAUCUUGAGAGAGAUUCAACACCCAAACAUCAUCACUCUGCACGAUGUGUUUGAGAACCGCACAGAUGUGGUUCUGAUACUUGAAUUAGUGUCUGGAGGGGAGCUGUUUGACUUUUUGGCACAGAAGGAGAGUUUGAGUGAGGAAGAAGCAACCAUGUUCUUAAAACAGAUUUUGGAUGGUGUCCACUAUCUACAUGACAAAAGCAUUGCACAUUUUGAUCUCAAGCCAGAGAACAUCAUGUUGCUGGACCAAAGCACUCCUAACCCAAGGAUCAAACUCAUAGAUUUUGGAAUUGCUCACAAAAUACAAGCUGGAAAUGAGUUCAAAAAUAUCUUUGGAACUCCAGAAUUUGUAGCUCCUGAAAUUGUGAACUAUGAACCACUGGGUUUGGAGGCUGAUAUGUGGAGCAUCGGAGUGAUCACCUACAUUCUUCUCAGCGGAGCAUCUCCCUUUCUGGGAGAGACAAAGCAGGAAACCUUAACAAAUAUUUCUGGUGUUAAUUAUGAUUUUGAUGAGGAAUACUUUAGCAAUACAAGUGAAUUGGCCAAAGAUUUCAUCCGACGACUGUUGGUGAAGGACCCCAAGAAACGGAUGACAAUUGAUCAAAGUUUGGAGCAUUCAUGGAUUAAGGCUAUCAAACGUCGCAAUGUGCGUCAUGAGGACAGCGGCAAGCGUCCUGAACGCCGGCGCUUGAAGACAACCCGUUUAAAGGAAUACACUAUCAAGUCACACUCUAGUAUGCCACCUAACAACACCUAUGUGAACUUUGAAAGGUUUAGCCAUGUGCUGGAGGAACUAGGUGCAGCAGAAGAUGCACUUCGUGAUCUUCAGAAGAGUCAGGCCACAUCCCGAGAAGACCUCUGCGCCCUUCGCUCAAUUUAUGAAGAGAAGGAAAGUUGGUAUCGUGAGGAGCAAGAGGCCGUAGGGCGCCAGUUGUCAGGUUUACGUCAGGAGCUACAACGUGGGGAGAAUCAGCGUCGCCAAGUUCAGGAAGACCUUAAGGGUACAAUGGCCAAUGCUAAUGGCCUUAGGAGACGCUUUGGCCGAUUAGAAAACCGAUAUGAAACGUUAACAGCUCAGAUAACUGCAGAGAUGAGUUUUGUAGAAGAGUUACUAAAAACUAUAGAAAAAGAACGGAUAGAACAGAUGGAUGUUAGAGGAGUGUGCUGAAAAGUGGAGGUUAUGAGCUUUUUCAGAAAAUGGAAAUGUAGUGAAGGGGAAAAAUAAUGGGGUUGCUGAAAGGAAAAGAUUUAACUAACAGACCCGACAGAUUUGGUAGCACCUGUUUGAGUUUGUUGGGUACUCCAGGUCAAAAGAUAUUUUCUGAAAUCUAAUGGUGCUGAAAGGUGAAGAAAGUGUUUGUUCAACAAGUGUAAUUAAGAUGGGAGCUUGCUUAAUUUAACCUAAAUUGCAUUUUCUUUCAUAUUCUCUACUAAGCUAGUUCUUACGCUGCAUGGAAUUAUGUACACGGUAUACAGGUGCUUCAUGGGUAUGAAGUAUAACUUCUAGACUUUACAGAACCUACCAUAAAUUAACCAGAAUGAUGAUUAAAUAAACUGUGCUUUUCUAUGGGGCUUGUGCAUGGCUUUUUUUCAGGUGUGGUUAUUGUAUGACUGUCACAGAACCUGCAAAAUGUAACCUUAUUAUUAAAUUUAAUUUUAUACAAAAAAAAAAACGUAUGUUUUAAUGAUAUGUUAAAUAUGUUUGUAACAUGUAACACUUCAUAAGAGUACUAUAUAUGAAAUGGUAAAUAAACCUCAAUUUUGCACAUGUACACAUUACUCUGUGAUGCCACCAGGGGGCACCGUUUAAUUGUGCACUAUUAAACAACAUUUCUCUCUUACUUUUGUCCCUAUUCUAAAGAAGAAUUGGGAACCGCUUCUAUAAUGGCAUCCUCUAUAAGACUUUUUUUUUUUUUCUCGAAGGGCAUUUAUAUAUUUGUAGAUCCUGUCUGUCUGCACUUGAAAAACAGAGGUCCAUGUGUUUGCUACUGUAGGACAGGAGAUGGAAUGUUGGUCAGAGUGACCAACACUAGGAUUUCACAUCUUGGUGAAGAGUUUGUUUUCUGUCUCACAUGCAUCUAACAAAAUUUACACAUUUUCUGAAAAGAUCAUGGAGAUUCACGAAAGGCAAUGUAUCAGCUUAGUAUGUGUAUGAAGUAAUGUGUCGUACAGAUUUGGUGUCCGAUUUUGUGUAUAAAAAAUUAAGCUUUAUAUAUUCCUGCGA